AUGUUAAGAAGAUUAUCUGUGUAAGUCUAAUAAAUCAAGAAAUUGUAUUUUACUUUUUCUGUAAAUGAAGGUAUAUGAUGUAGAUAAUCAGAAUACAAGAUCUAAAUCCUGAAUCGAUUAAAAGUGAUCAAACAUUCCAAUUCUGAUAAAGACAUAGUAUCGAAUGGUCAUAUAGAAAAUCUAUCUAUUGAUCAAGGUAUUUCAUUCAUAUAGUAAACUAGAUGGAAGAGUCAUAAUAGAUCUUAAGUUAGAUUAAGACUACAGAAAAAUAAAGGCACUUUGUUCAGAAGCUCUUAAAGAAUUUGAAUGGAUUAAGAAUUUAGAUAUUCGUAUGGCUCCAAAAAAAGAAAAUGUAUUNGCCCAACCCCAAACCCAAACCCAAACCCAAACCCAGAUAGUUGUAUCAAUAUCAACUUUAGCAAUUUUCACUAAAUAGUAUAAUAUGA